GUAUUUGCGGAUGGACACCGUGUUGGCUGGCUGUCAAAAAACGCCAACGCUCGGCGGGAGGCAAACCAGCAAAGGUUGUUUCAGAGGUUGCCAGAAAGGGACAAGGAUCUGUAGUGUCCACAGCCAGUCCUCGGUUCCUGCUGGUCAUCCCUGAGACGGAGGCACCAUGGCCGACAGUGAAGAAUCUAAGAAGAUAAAUGGCAGUGCUGGCCACUCUCCCUCUCUUUCGGAGCCACCUAAAGAGAGCAUGCAGCUUAAGAAGGAGAUCUCGCUGCUCAAUGGAGUCAGCCUGAUCGUAGGAAACAUGAUCGGCUCUGGUAUCUUCGUCUCCCCCAAGGGUGUACUUAUCUACAGCGCCUCUUACGGGCUGUCGCUAGUCAUCUGGGUCAUUGGGGGCCUGUUCUCUGUGGUGGGGGCCCUCUGUUACGCUGAGCUGGGCACCACCAUCACCAAAUCAGGGGCAUCUUACGCAUACAUCCUGGAGUCAUUCGGUGGCUUCAUUGCAUUCAUUCGUCUGUGGACAUCUUUAUUGAUUAUUGAGCCCACCAGCCAAGCGGUCAUAGCCAUUACAUUUGCAAACUACUUGGUGCAGCCGCUCUUUCCAACAUGUGAACCGCCAUAUGUAGCAGCCAGGCUCAUCGCUGCAGCUUGUAUAUGUCUACUGACAUUCAUCAACUCUGCCUAUGUAAAGUGGGGCACGCGCGUGCAGGAUAUUUUUACCUAUGCAAAGGUGGCAGCCCUCGUCGUUAUCAUCAUUACUGGCAUUGUGAAGCUGUGCCAGGGUUACACAACCAACUUUGAAUCCUCCUUUCAGGGAUCAUCUACAGACCCUGGUGACAUUGCGUUGGCACUCUACUCUGCCCUUUUCUCCUAUUCCGGCUGGGACACCCUCAACUUUGUUACUGAGGAGAUCAAAAACCCUGAAAGGAACCUACCCCUGGCUAUCGGCAUCUCUAUGCCCAUCGUCACUAUUAUCUACAUCCUCACCAAUGUGGCCUACUAUGCUGUUCUGGAUGUCAGUGCUAUACUGGCCAGUGACGCAGUGGCAGUGACAUUUGCAGACCAUACUCUUGGUGUGAUGGGCUGGACCAUCCCCAUUGCUGUGGCUCUUUCCUGUUACGGAGGCCUCAAUGCUUCCAUUAUAGCUGCAUCCAGGUUGUUCUUUGUGGGUUCUCGUGAGGGUCACCUUCCAGAUGCUCUGUCCAUGAUCCACAUACAGAGAUUCACUCCGAUUCCUGCUCUGAUCUUCAAUUGUGUGAUGUCUCUGAUCUACCUGACAGUGGAGGAUGUCUUUCAACUCAUCAACUACUACAGCUUUAGCUACUGGUUCUUUAUGGGUCUGUCCAUUGCCGGACAGAUCUACCUCCGCUGGAAAGAGCCCGACAGACCUCGACCUCUCAAGUUGACUUUAGUGUACCCAGUGGUGUUCUGUCUGUGCGCUGUUUUCCUGGUGGCAGUUCCUCUCUACAGCGAUACCGUCAACUCCCUGAUUGGCAUCGCCAUCGCUCUGUCAGGGAUUCCUGUUUACUUCCUGGGUGUCCAUCUACCAGAAUCCAAGCGACCACCUAUCAUCACCAAGCUAUUGCGUUCUCUCACAUACUUCACCCAGUACACCUGCUACUGUGUACUGACAGAGAUGGACAAAAGUGAAUAGCAGCCAAUACACUGAAAAACUUGAUCCAGCAGUCUCUGCAUCCUCACAGCUGACAGUCACCACAGGAGCUAUAUGAGGGAUUCUUUGGUGAAAAGGGGAUUUUAUUGUACGGUUCACAGUGGUGAAGCUCUCAGACUUGACUGACUUGUUUACAACACUGAAAUUGCUGCCACAGAUGCCACGUUCAGAUUUAUCCUGAAACUCAAGGAAAUUCAAAAACUGCAACUGUAAGGAUAGACAGUACUGUUAAACUGCAUACUGUGGACAUUGCUUCUCUUUCAUUUUUGCAUCACACUAUUUAAUGACCUCUAUACAUAUAGUAUUAUAUCAUGGUAAAAAAUUUGCCCUGUUAAUUCUAUAGCUAUGUGUAUAUAAUCGUGCAAUGCCUGUUCAAAGCGGGCUGACCUCUGGUAUUGCUGCUUGCAGCCUUCUCAAGAACCACUCAUCCAAACAACUUCACACUUGACUCGGCGCUUCCUUCCUGUGCAAUACACCUGCCAUGACAUAGUUACAUAUCCUAGCUAUGUCAGAGUAUUACGCAUCUUUUGGGUGCUCACACAAACAUUUUAUGGCCUCAAUGAAGUCAAAGCCCGGCUGCACACGGGAACAAAAAGUGUUCAUUCCAAAAGUUAAAUCACUGAUGGUUGAAAUGCUUGCGUUUGCCACACUGAAACAUCAGCCUUUCUUUGUCUGUUCUUAAAUGUACUGUAGCGAGCGUCACAGAGCUAACAGUGGCCAGGGGUCCCCUGUGAACACACUACACAUCAUGUUCUUCAGGUGGUCGUACCCCAUUACUAAUAAAUAUGCCCCGUUGAUCUCAAGAACUUGCACUUCACAAUGCACUUUCGUGGGUCCUCAGCAAUACACCUGGCAAGUGUGAAGUGGAUUGGAUGAACAGGGACAGACUUACAAAGAUUCUUCCAUUUUACUUCAAUGCCUUCUAAACAGUGUGUGCCUGUGAGAUCAGACAGCUGCUGCACAUGACCACAGGGACUCCUAUAAUAGUAAAUACAAUUUUCUAAUAUGGAUUUAACCCAUUUUAAAGAUAUUAUGUACAGUAUGUGUGAAUGUGCUUCAUUACACCAGAAUCACCAAAAAAAAAAACAAAUCAUAAGUUAUCUCUUGUUUACUUCCUGAAAGAAAAAAAUGGAAGAAUUUUCUUUGUCUGCUGCUAUGUGAAGACUUUUAUGUUAUUGCCUUUAUGUAUUUUUGGUGUCAUUGUCUCUUUUUUUUUGGUAUUAUAACUACUGUAUGUUGAAAUGAUCAGAUGAGUUCUUCGUUUUUUUUUCUUUCUCUUACAUUUGGUGGCUGAGGCAGUUAACUGUCUGCUAAAUCCACUCUGUGUACCAUUGUAAGAAGCUGUCCUGUUCUUUAUGUUUGCUUUAAACUGUGUGCCCCUAAAUCAGUUCAUAAUAAAUAUAAUUUCUAAAUAAUAUUUCAUUUGUAUGUUGAGGUAAAUGUGCACAAACUGAAGUAAUAAUUCAAUAGUAAUAUUCACAUAACAGGUAAAAUUACUUUAAUCUUG